GGAGGGGAGGGGGAUGGAGGGGUACUGUCAGGAGGGGGCCCUGGGAAGGUGACCAAAUGUGGGACUUGGGAUGCGGUGGGGGUGGUGCGUCUGAAUGAUGACGUGGCCACAUGAGACCCGCAGAGGCCCCCUCUCCACAGUGGUGGCCCUGCCAAGCCCAGAGCCCCGUGGUCCUCACUCUGCCGCCUGCUCGGCCUGGCAGCGUUCCUCUGUAGCUUCCUGCCAGCACAGCCAGCCCCCUGCCCCCACUGGUGUCCAUGCCAGAGCGGCAUUCCGCAGGCCUGGCUGCCUCUCCCCAGCAGAGACCGAGUGAGGAGGCUGCAGAGCAGCCAGCCGUCAGGUGGCAGGGCUGGGGGCACUGUGGGCCUGGGCCUCUGGACCACUCCCUGGUCCCUCCUCCCGGUCCUGGGACAGGCACCCGAAAGGAUUUGGGCACUACUCCAGCUGUGGUCCGGAUUGUUGUUAUCUCCACAACAGGCUGUGCAGCGACCACCAGGUCGUUGCUGGUUGAGAAGACAACCGACUCACCGGCGGCUGAGUUCUCGCUGGUGGAGGACGUGGCUCUGCACUUCGCCUGCUUGAUGGGCCGUCUGAACGAGCAGCGCCUCUUCCAGCCCGACCUCUGCGACGUGGACCUGGUGCUGGUGCCCCAGUGCAGCGUCUUCCCGGCGCACAAGGGCGUGCUGGCCGCCUACAGCCAGUUCUUCCACUCGCUCUUCACCCAGAACAAGCAGCUGCAGCGCGUGGAGCUGUCCCUGGAGGCGCUGGCGCCCGGCGGCCUGCAGCAGAUCCUCAACUUCAUCUACACGUCCAAGCUGCUGGUCAACGCGGGCAACGUCCACGAGGUGCUCAGCGCCGCCUCGCUGCUGCAGAUGGCCGACAUCGCCGCGUCCUGCCAGGAGCUGCUGGACGCCCGCUCCCUCGGCCCCCCGGGCCCCGGCGCCGUGGCCCUGGCCCAGCCGGCUGCCAGCUGCACCCCAGCCCCGCCACCCUACUACUGCGACAUCAAGCAGGAGGCCGAUACCCCGGGCCUGCCCAAGAUCUACGCCCGAGAGGGCCCGGACCCCUACUCCGUGCGUGUGGAGGACGGGGCGGGGACUGCGGGGGGCACGGGGCCUGCCACCCUGGGGCCGGCCCAGCCCUUCUUCAAGGAGGAGAAGGAGAGCGGCGGGGAGGCGGCGGGCGGGCCCCCGGCCAGCCUGUGCAAGCUGGAGGGCGGCGAGGAGCUGGAGGAAGAGCUGGGGGGAUCCGCCACCUACGGCCACCAGGAGCAGUCCCAGAUCAUCGUGGAGGUGAACCUCAACAACCAGACGCUGCACGUGUCCACGACGCCCGAGGGGAAGCCGGGUGCUGCCACGGGCCCGGCCACCAUGGUGCUGGGCCGGGAGGACGGGCUGCAAAGACACUCGGAGGAGGAGGAGGAGGAGGAGGAGGAGGACCGUGAGGGAGAGGAGGAAGAGGAAGGGGAAGAAGAGGAGGGUGGUGGUAGUGGAAGGGAGGAGGACGAGGAGGAAGGUGGCAGUCAGGGGGAGGAGGAGGAGGAGGAGGAAGAUGAAGGGCACAGUGAACAGGAGGAGGAUGAGGAGGAGGAAGAGGAAGGACAUAGUGAGCAGGAUCAAGAGAGCUCGGAAGAGGAGGAGGAAGAGGAGGAGGAGGGAGAAGAAGAAGGGGAGGUGGGAGUCAGACGGGGGCCAGCGGGGCGCAGGGCCAGCCGGGCAGAGCCCCUUCCCCACAGUCGCAUGGCCACGCGGUCCCGGGAGAAUGCCCAGCGCCGGGCCCCCCCUGAGGAGCCCGAGGAGGCCAGGCAGUGUGGCGGGAAGAGGCCCAAGCAGCCCCCCGGGGCGGGCCCCGCACCGGCUCGAGGGCCCCAGGCCACCGACGGGCUGGGGGCCAAGGUGAAGCUGGAGGAGAAGCAGCACCACCCGUGCCAGAAGUGCCCGCGCGUGUUCAACAACCGCUGGUACCUGGAGAAGCACAUGAACGUGACCCACAGCCGCAUGCAGAUCUGCGACCAGUGCGGCAAGCGCUUCCUGCUGGAGAGCGAGCUGCUGCUGCACCGGCAGACGGACUGCGAGCGCAACAUCCAGUGCGUGACGUGCGGCAAAGCGUUUAAGAAGCUGUGGUCCCUCCACGAGCACAACAAGAUUGUGCACGGCUACGCGGAGAAGAAGUUCUCGUGUGAGAUCUGCGAGAAGAAGUUCUACACCAUGGCCCAUGUGCGCAAGCACAUGGUGGCUCACACCAAGGACAUGCCCUUCACCUGCGAGACCUGCGGGAAGUCCUUCAAGCGGAGCAUGUCCCUCAAGGUGCACUCCCUGCAGCACUCGGGGGAGAAGCCCUUCCGAUGUGAGAACUGCAACGAGCGCUUCCAGUAUAAGUACCAGCUGCGGUCCCACAUGAGCAUCCACAUCGGCCACAAGCAGUUCAUGUGCCAGUGGUGCGGCAAGGACUUCAACAUGAAGCAGUACUUCGACGAGCACAUGAAGACCCACACGGGGGAGAAACCCUACAUCUGCGAGAUCUGCGGCAAGAGCUUCACCAGCCGGCCCAACAUGAAGCGGCACCGGCGCACCCACACGGGCGAGAAGCCCUACCCCUGCGACGUGUGCGGCCAGCGCUUCCGCUUCUCCAACAUGCUCAAGGCCCACAAGGAGAAGUGCUUCCGCGUCAGCCUCCCGCUGGCCGCCGACGGGCCCCCCUCGGCGCCCGGCCUGCCCCCCGCCCAGCCUCAGCCUCCCGCCCUGCCCCUGCUGCCCGGCCUGCCCCAGACCCUGCCCCAGACCCUGCCCCCGCCGCCCCACCUGCCCGCCCCGCCUCCCCUCUUCCCCACCGCGGCCAGCAGCGGCGGGAGGAUGAGCGCCAGCAGCCAGCCCUGACCCCCCCCCCCACACACACACACACACGCAGGACCUGGAGCCGGGGCCGUGGGAGCGGCACAGCAGCAUGGGCAAGGGUGCAGGCCGGCUGGCCCCCCAGAGCUGGUGGAGGACACCCCGCUCCCGAGCGCCCCCUUUCAGUGACUCCUUUUGAAGCCUUUCCCUUUCUUUGGAAGUGAAGGAAAAAAGAGAGGAAACUCUUUGCAGUACCCCCUCCCCCCCUCCAGGUGAGGGGGGCGUUGGAGGCAGCAGGGACGGGGGGAGGGGCGGCCGGGAGCGCAGGUGUGACCGGUCACUCUCCUGAGCCUGAGCCCCAGGGGCGGUCCAGGUGGAGCCUGGGCCAGCCUCGGGCGCAUCCCUGCCUCCCCUGUGUCCCCCGACUGGCUUCCUCGUCCUAAAGGGUUUGGGGUGCCAGCCCCCUUCCCCCCCCCCCCCCCCCCCCCCGGGGAAUGGUUGUGGACUCAGUCUGAGGAAUGUGGACACUGAGGCAGGGGCUUGAGACCGAAUGCCCAGGAGCGUGUUGGGAGGGUGGGGCUUGGUGAGGCAUGAAGGCUUCAGACCUAGCUCUGCACCAUGGGGAGUGGGGCAGGCAGGGCGGGGCUGGACCCCGGGCAUUUGCUUUGCCUGCCCACAGCCCUGCCAGCAAGCACAGGGGUCCCCGACCCGCUCCAGGCUGCCCCCGUCUGCCCACGCCAGGCCUCCAGGUGGCUCCCCCAGCACCAGCUCCCAGGGGCUGCAGUCCCCAUGGGUGGGCCCCGGGGGCAGGGCCUAGGGGGAGGCUUGGCCAAGCGUUCCGAGGUUUCAAGGUGCUAUCAGGGGGGCCGGGGGCAGAGCUGCUGGUCGCAGAGCACCCGCCCCUCACCAGCUGUCCCAGCCCUGUCUCCCACGCUAAGAGGAGGCGGGUAUGUCUGUCCGUCAUGCUCCCGGAAGGCAAUGCCAGGCCUCGCCCUCGCCUGGCCCUGCAGCCACAACCUGCCCAUGGCCAGUGUCCAGCACCCAUGUCCCUCUGGGCCUCUGCGUCGGUGGCCGGGUGCCUGCGGCAUUGUCAGUGAGAGGAGCCUGCACAGUCAGGCCCCGCGUCUGGGCAGGGUCCUAGGGGAGUCCCUGCCUGUGCCCCAUGCUUGCCUGCACGAGGCCAGCACUAAUAGGUCACCCUUUUUGUUGUUGUUGUCAUUUAACACCUCCAUUCCUGCCCUUAGAACGGGGAGGAAGUUUCCAUAAGCUACGUUUCCUAGUUAAGCUCUUUCCCGUUGUGUUUAUACGGUUUUGUUUGUUAUACUCUUUGCACCUUAAACCCCCACCACGACUCCCCCCACACCACCGCCCUCCCAGCGUGGCUGGAGUGGGAACAGGCCUGAGCCCAGGGCGGGUGACGGGGGCGUGACUGGGCCCCAUCGGCCUAAGGGGCUGAGGGGGUUAGAACCCCCACCGACCUCCUUGUGAGGCCCUCGGCGCCGGGGCAGGGGGUUGGACACAUUUUAAUCAUCAAUAAACGAAGCACUUUAUUCUGUAC